AUGUCGGAAAAUACCACCAUCCACGGACUUACCUCCACCGAAGUGAAAACUCUCGGUGAACACGCCGUUUCUGCCAAAUCCCUCGCUUACUGUCCAUACUCCAACUUUCGCGUCGGUUGUGCGAUUCUCUGUGCCGAUGGGAGUUACGUCCUUGGCGCCAAUAUCGAAAAUGCUAGUUAUCCAGUAACUAUCUGCGCCGAACGAACUGCUUUUGGUAAGGCGGUUGUAGACGGGAAGAGGGAGAGCGGUGGGUUUAAAGCUGUCGGUGUUAGUACAGAUAUAAGCCCACCGGCUUCACCUUGUGGAAUGUGUAGGCAGUUUAUUCGAGAAUUCUGCGAUUUGAAGACUCCUAUUUUCAUGUGGGAUUCGAAGGGAGAAUAUAUAGUUAUGACGUUGGAGCAGCUAUUGCCGAUGUCAUUCGGGCCUGACCAGCUUCAUAAGCCGGAUCCGAACAAGGGUAAUUAA